UUUAGCAUUACUUUCCAAAGACCAUCCAGCUAUUAAUUUGGCUCUUAUCUACAAUUUGAAAAAAUGUGGCCUUUACGGACGGGCAACCAUGUUGAUUGUGUACACAAUGGCUUUAUAUCUUGUUUUCUCAUAUCACUAGGAACAAUUGCCUUUGGCUACCCAUCUGUUAUUGUUGCUUCGACGCUAGCAAAGCCAUCCUUUUUAAAAUAUAUGGGCCUUGGUGACGAGAAUGGAAUCUACCAUGAUAAGGAAGGGAUGGCAGGAACCAUUACUAGUGUCUUCCAGGCAGGUGCUGUGGUAGGCAUUCUAUGCGGUUGUGAGAUUUCCGACCGCUUUGGACGAAAGAAUGCGCUGCUCUAUUGCUCCAUUAUCUCAAUAAUCGGCGGCAUUGGAGUUACUGCGGCCCAGAACAUGGCCAUGUUGUUGGUAUUUCGAUUCUUUGCCGGUGCCGGCAGUUUUGCGUACUUGGCUCUGGCACCGGGAUACAUCUCCGAACUUGCUACGCCCAACAUGCGGGGUUUCUUUGGAGGCCUUUGCGGUGUCUUUCUCGGAUUCGGCUAUUGUUGCGGGGGUUUUAUGGGUCUGGCCUUCUAUUAUGCUCAGAAUGAAGCCUUGCAAUGGCGAGGACCUUUCGGGAUUGGAAUCAUUUGGCCCCUGAUAACUCUAAUUGUUUGCCCCUUUAUUCCCGAGUCACCCCGUUAUCUGUUGAUGAAGAAUAAGCCUGAUGUAGCCUGGGAGGUUAUGGCUCAGCUUCGUGCCGGCCCUGGAGAAGAUGGUCAUAUGUUCGCGUUGGCCGAGUUCUCUCAGAUGAAACAGCAAGCUGCAUUCGACCGUGCCUUGGACGGGUCAUGGAUGCAGCUGAUUAAGAAGCCAUCAUAUAGGAAACGCGUGAUUCUAGCUUCGGGAGUUUCCUUUCUUGGCCAGAGUACGGCGGUGUUAGUCCUCAAUAACUAUGGUCCAAUUUUUUACUCCGCCCUUGGCUUCGACACACGCGACCAACUUAUUCUUGCUGGCGCCAGAGAUACCAUUGCAUUUCUCGGAAAUAUUGUCGGCGCUGUUCUUUUAGAUAAUGUCGGAAGACGGCGUAUGCUGCUCACUGGGUUCGGCGGCUGCCUCGUCACCCUAUGCGUCUUCGCGGCGACGGUCGCUGAGGUUGAAAAGCACCAUAGCAUGGGGACUGUAGGGGUUGGCAUAACGGCGCUGUUUGCGUUUCUGGUCUUUUUUGCAAUGGGUGUUGACGCCCCGACCUACGUCUUUAUGAGUGAGAUAUUCCCCAGCCAUAUGAGAUCUAAAGGGAUGGCUGUUGCCAUUGCAAUAUAUGCAUUGUCGGCAAUUGUCUACCUACAGGUUACUCCUAUGGCUGUUAGUAGCAUUGGGUGGAAAUACUUCCUGGUCUUUAUAUGCAUUACUGCUGUUGGCUGGGUGUGGAUGUAUUUCGAAAUUUUCGAAACUAAAAAGAUUCCAUUGGAAGAAAUGGGCGAGAAAUUCGGUGAUGCGGAUGAGGUGGUUGUCCAUCUGUCGGAGACGUUGGCGGAAGCGGACUCGAAGCGACAAGUCGUUCACCCCGAGGAGCCACAGAAAGAAGGGAAACAAGUUCCCGCUGAGCAUCUAGAGUACUCCAAUAAGUCAUUGACUAUCUCAGAGCCGCGUGCUGAAUGAUGCAAGAAAAGAGUGUUGAUUCUCGUGGUUAGGUACCACAUGAAACCUUGGUUGGAAAGAAGAGGUGUUCAGGUUCGUUUAUUCUCAUAGGAAUAUAGCAGAUUAUAUUGACCUACUAUUGAAACUAUGCCAGCAUAUUAACACAUGUUGACCAUAG